AGUAGUCUGUGUGCGUCCAGUGAACGGAAGUAGCUGUUGGGAGGUUUCAGACGCUUUAAAUUCCUGCGGGGUGGAGGCCUCGGCUUUCUGCUGGAGUCUGGCUCCUCACUCGCAUGGCUGUGGACGUGAAGUCUCGAGCGAAGCGCUAUGAGAAACUGGACUUCCUCGGGGAGGGACAGUUUGCCACGGUCUACAAGGCCAGAGAUAAGAACACCAACCAAAUUGUCGCCAUUAAGAAAAUCAAACUUGGACACAGGUCAGAAGCUAAAGAUGGUAUAAAUAGAACAGCCUUAAGAGAGAUAAAAUUGUUACAGGAGCUAAGUCAUCCAAACAUAAUUGGUCUCCUAGAUGCAUUUGGACAUAAAUCUAACAUUAGCCUUGUCUUUGAUUUCAUGGAAACUGACCUGGAGGUUAUAAUAAAGGAUAAUAGUCUUGUGUUGACACCAUCCCACAUUAAAGCCUACAUGUUGAUGACUCUUCAGGGAUUAGAAUAUUUACAUCAGCAUUGGAUUCUACAUAGGGAUCUGAAACCAAACAACUUGUUAUUAGAUGAGAAUGGAGUUCUGAAGCUGGCAGAUUUUGGCCUGGCUAAAUCAUUUGGAAGUCCCAAUAGGGCUUACACGCAUCAAGUUGUGACCAGAUGGUACCGGGCCCCUGAGUUAUUGUUUGGAGCUAGGAUGUAUGGUGUAGGUGUGGACAUGUGGGCUGUUGGCUGUAUAUUAGCAGAAUUGCUUCUACGGGUUCCUUUUUUGCCUGGAGAUUCAGACCUUGAUCAACUAACAAGAAUAUUUGAAACAUUGGGUACACCAACUGAAGAGCAGUGGCCUGACAUGUGUAGUCUUCCAGAUUACGUGACGUUUAAGAGUUUCCCUGGGAUCCCACUGCAGCACAUCUUCAUUGCAGCAGGAGACGACUUGCUUGAUCUCAUCCAAGGCUUGUUCUUAUUUAAUCCGUGUACUAGAAUUACAGCUUCACAGGCAUUGAAGACUAAAUACUUCAGUAAUCGCCCAGGGCCAACACCUGGAUGCCAACUUCCAAGACCAAACUGUCCAGCGGAAGCCCUAAAAGAACAGUCAAAUCCAGCCAUGGCAACAAAAAGAAAAAGGACAGAGGCCUUAGAACAAGCCUCCAGAAUAGUUAGGGUGACAGACAUGUUCCAUCACUCUGAACUCUUGGUUUCUUAAGGUAGCUCACAUUGCUUUUGUGAGGCUUACUAUCUACAAAUUAGCAGUAAGUACUGUAACCUUGUGCUUCAACUCUGAUUUUCUCAUGGGCCACUGUUGCUAAAAUUCCUUCUGUUGGGGAGAUAGAAACAAUGCCCACCCUCUCCUACAGUCCUAAGGACAGCCUAGAGUGAGGUUCCACAGAGUUCCCUCUGGGGAUCCAAUGGGCUUGUUAGCCUUACUUACAAAGCAGUGGGUGAGGGGUUAUAAGCAGGAGGGAGCAUGGGUAAAGUUCAAGGGGCCACAGCAGAAGGCCUGCACCCAACAUGGAUGUGACUCCCUAUGGCUGUAUUUGUAGAUGAAGACCCUCCUUUAGUACCACCCAGCUAAAUAGUCCCUACUAUAGACCCCAAGACCUGUGUUAUAUGCAAAUAGGGCAAACUUGCAUAUAACUGAUAGGGCUGGGUAUGCACUUGAAGGUCACAUGACUCUCCCCAUUUCCCCCACCCCAAGAGGGAAGGUGACCAGUCAAGCCCAGCUAGACUUCUGAAGAUGUGUUGUGUUGGCGGUUUGGUAUAGAGGAUACUCCUGUACAGCAGCUACUAAGAGAGAAAUUCUGUUUAAAAAAAAUAAAAGGGGCUGGAGGCGGGGCUCAGGAUAGGGGAGCUUGCUGCUCUUCAAGGGGACUGGAGUUAAGUUCCCAGUUCUGACAGGGCAGCUCUCAACUACUUGUAACUCCAGCUCCAGGGACUUUGCUGCUCUCUGCUGGUCUCCUCAGAGAUCUGCACUUAGCAUGCAGGAACACAUAAAAAUAAACCUUUGUUGUUGAUGGUGGUGGUGUUUUUUUAUUUUUUAAUUUUUUUUUUUUUUGAGACAAGGUUUCACUAUAAUCCUAGCUGGCCCUGAACUUGGUAGGAGAGACCUGCCUACUAAUGCCUUCAGAAUUCUGGGAUUAAAGGUGUACACCACCAUGCUGACCCAAAAUUAAUCUUUAAAAGAAAAAAAAAAUUGGGUUUCUGACUGGUUAGCAGUAUAAAGAUAAAUUCACAUAAGACUUUAAUUUCAUUUUUAAAUCUCUUCACACCAGUACCAGGAAUAUACAUAUGCAAUUUGUCUAAUGUGCAUACUUAAUACUUGUGAGGUCAUUUUCUGUUAAUGUUGACAUUGUUGUGUUUCUGUGCACACCAGACAGAGAAUUAUGCCUUUGAACAGUCUGGAAUAAAAACAUGAUUUUUUUUCCUUUUUUUUAAAAUCCCUUGGCAUGUCUCUUCCUACGGUUACAUUUCACGGCAUGUGGCUAUCUUGUACAUAUUGAGUACAUCAUCUAUCCCUUUUAUAGCCAUUCAGACACCAAGCUGCUCAACCUAUGAUGCAUAUUUUAUCAAAGACUAAAAAUAGCAGAAACUAAGGUUGGAAAUAGGCUAGCUUCAUAACCAAUUGGUUGAUAGCUGCAAAAAUGUAAACAUCCCCUUAGUGAAGAGUGGGCAGUUGAUGGCAGUUUAGCACAUAGCUAAAAUCUGAGAUUUAAUAGUGCCAAAGAAACCAGUGACACUUAAAAUGUCACUUAAACCUAUUUUGUGUUGUAUGUCUUCAGGUGUGGUUGCCCUGUGUUGCCCAGGCUGCCCUAGAACACAUGCUCCUCCUGCCUCCUGUUUACUAUGAGCUGGGAUUACAGGUGCAUGCCACCAUUCCCAGCUUCUUCCUUUAGGGAGGGGACUAUACUAUACAAAUACAUGGGCCUUUGUAUGGUCAUACUAAACCACUAUUUUAAAUUUUUUGUUACAUUUAUAUGUGUGUAUGUACAGACGUGCAUAUUCGUAUGUGUGCACACAUAUUACAGAAUAUGUGUAGUGGUCAGAGGACAGCUUGUAGGCAUUGGUUCUCUUUUACUAUGUAGGUCAGAAGGACCAGACUCAGGUUGUCAUGUUUGACAGCAAGCGCCUCUACCAGCUGACUUAGGUUUUAAUGCCUUUUGGUUUGAAACAGGGUCUCUACAAUAUAUAGCCCAAGGUGGCCUCAAACUCUGCCUCCCAAGUGGGAUUACAGGCAUGCGCUACCACGCCAGGCCACUAACGGGCUUUUGUAUUGCUUAGAGCCUUGAUAACCGUUUGAGAUUCCUGUACUAGCCUUAACACAUCUGUAAGCACUUCCUGCCUGUGUGCAGGAUUAGAUCCUGGCUGGAUCAGAUACAAGCUUUGCAGAUUUAACCUUUGUAAAAAAAAACAAAAAAACAAAAACAACAAACCUGUAAAUCACAUAUGCCUUUUUGUUUGUAAUUAUUUUUCUUUGGUUUGUAGAAUUGUUCCAGUAGAGAAAUGUAGAGCUUAUAUCGUGUCCCCGUUUGCUUUCGUGCCUUCACCCUGUUACACUUCAUGCUAGAGAAACUGUGUGGGGACUGACUUUUCUGUAUGUUGUACACAUAUGUGCUUGAUGUGUUAAUCCAUGAGUGUCUCCCCAAAUAAACAUGACAUCUCCCACUU